UUUUACAGUGAGCAGUUUGACCACACGCCUUUGGCCAUCUUUGUCUCUUCUUAUUUCAAGCACUAUUAAGUUACAUUUCAAAUUUGUUCCCAAUGUGGCUGUACAUAUAUGGGUUUGUAAUCCAUAUAAUAUUUUUUAUAUCAGUUUUUGACAUAUAUUUCCGCACCCCAAUUGUCCAUGGCAUGGAGCCACAGUCAUCUCCGCUGGAGCCAGCAGCCAAGCGGCUUGUUCUCUUUGUUGCUGAUGGGUUGAGGGCGGAUAGCUUCUUUAACUACAGCAAUAGCAUCUCUAGAGCUCCCUACCUUAGAUCUGUGAUAGAGAAAGAGGGCACAUGGGGCAUCUUACACACCCGCGUACCCACGGAGUCCCGCCCUGGGCACGUCGCCAUCCUGGCCGGUCUGUAUGAGGAUCCGAGUGCCAUAGCCCGGGGAUGGCGGGAGAAUCCAGUUCACUUUGACCACAUCCUGAACCAAUCCCGCCGGGCCUGGGCUUGGGGAAGCCCGGACAUUGUCCCAAUGUUUGCCUCAGGUGCUCAUAGUGCACACAUCAGCACUGAGUGCUACACAGCAGAGCAGGAGGACUUUGCUAGUGCUGACGCAUCACAGCUUGACUCGUGGGUCUUCCAGAGACUGGAGAAUCUGGUGCAGCAAGCGAGAAGCAACAUCACGUUGUCGGAGGACCUCCGUGCAGGAGGCGUUGUGCUCUUCCUGCACCUGCUCGGCCUGGACACCAACGGCCACUCACACAAGCCCCACUCCCUGGAGUACCAGCGCAACAUUGAGUUGGUGGACGCAGGUGUGCAGCGCAGCGUGCGGCUCCUCAACGACUUCUUCGGUGACAACAAAACUGCCUUCAUCUUCACCUCGGACCACGGCAUGACCAACUGGGGUUCCCACGGGGCUGGGGAGGCCAGCGAGACGGAGACGCCGCUGGUGGCGUGGGGCAGCGGCGUGGCUUCGCCCCAGCCCGCCGCCUCCUUCACCGUCAUGGCCGUCAACAGCGUGGGCACCCUACCAGUCGAGUACCUGGGUACCACUGAGCAGUACAGGGCGGAGGCGCUCUACACCAACGCCCGUCAGCAGCUGGCGCACUUCAGCGUCAGGAGGAGGGCGCGUCAGGAGGCCUCCCUGCCCUUCAUGUUCUCCCCCUACAGGUACCUGCAGGCAGACGACGAGGUCUCCUACGUCACGAGGAUCAAGAACGCCCUCAACAGAGGCAACUACACCGACGCUGCAGACGACGAGGUCUCCUACGUCACGAGGAUCAAGAACGCCCUCAACAGAGGCAACUACACCGACGCUAUGAGGACAUGCGAGGUGUUGAUGCAGUUGUGUGAUGAAGGCAUCGAAUAUUAUCAUCACUAUCAUCGUGCUGGCCUCACCAUCGCCAUCACACUCGCCUUCAUCGGCUGGAUCAUCACCAUACUCUGCCUGAUACUCGAGGUAGGUACCGUGUACCGUGACCUGUACCGUGACUUGUACCGUGACAUCUACCCGGGAGGCGCGGGGUGGCGUGUCACGGGCUACCACCUCCUCCCCGUGGUGGUGUGGGGGGCGCUGCUGCGCCGCUGGGGGGGCACCCUGAGGGUGACGUGGCUCCUCCUGCGUCAGUUCAACCUCGUCUGGGAGACUGCCAUCCGCCUGCUGGCUGUCCUCCUGGCCGUCCAGAUCCUGGUAUUGAGCUUCCACGUGCGGGAGGCGCUCGUGGGGGGCCUGCUGAUCGCGGGCUGUUGGCCGCUGCUGACAGCACCGCCUUCGUCAGCAGCGGGGCGUCCAAAAUCGGCGUCAGCAACAGGUCCAUCACCGUCAGGAGGACGUGAGGGGAUGACAGCGCUGACGCUGGCGUGGGUGGGCGCCUGUCUUCUGCUGUCGUCCUUUGCCAUCCUGCCUCCCGUCGUGGGCAUGGCGCCCGUCUACCCUAUGGUGAUCCUGGCUGGGUUCACGGCAUUGCUGCUGAGCUGCUUUGCCCUCGUCUGGUGUGGGGGUGAUGGGGGUGGUGGGCUGACAUGGCUGACGAAGGCGGCGACGAUGCAGGCUGCCGUGCUGCUCGUCACGCUCGCCGUCAUCGUCAGCACCAGCGCCAGCAUCACCAGCAAGAGGGGCCUGCCCCUCCCCAACCAACUGGUGGCCUGGGGGAUACUGGGUGAGAUGGAGGGAUACUGGCGUCAGCUGGCGGCGCUGAAGUACGCGACGUGGCGCGGUGCUGACGACGAGGCGUCGCUGCGUCAGCCGCGGCUGCUCGACUGGGACGACGUCAGACGAGCUUACUUCUUCCUGUUCUUCAUAGUGUUCUCAUUCUUCGGCAUCGGUAACCUGGCGAGCGUGAACAGCUUCGACCCAGUGUUUGUGGCGCCCUUCGUGACGGUGUUCUCGCCCUUCGUGAUGGGCGGCCUGCUGCUGCUCAAGAUCCUGCUGCCCUUCCUGCUCGUGGCCUGCUUCUUCCACGCAGUCUGCGUCCUGCUGCAGGUACCGCUGACGCAAGUGUUCCACGUGUUCCUGAUCCUGAGCGACGUGAUGGCGUUGCAGUUCUUCCUACGUAUCCGCACGUCGGGCUCGUGGCUCGACGUGGGCACGUCGCUCAGCCACUUCGUGAUCAGCACGUCGUCCACCGUCGUCCUCUACGGCCUCGUCGCCCUGGCCAGGGUCCUCAACACGGCCUCCAUCGGGCCCAGACCCGCCACGUGUGGCAAACCCGUGCUGCCCACGCGGACCAGGCCCCACCGAGAUUAAGAGGCCCCGGGAGUAGAAUGCUGAAUAUAUAAAUAAAAGAUAAUGUUUAUAAAUGUUAUGUUAUGUACUUGUUAGAUAGUGUGGU